AUGUCGAUGGCCCUCGGUACAGGUCAGAUGCUCCGGCUGCGGCGGAACAUGCGGCGCGAGAAACUGGCCUUGGAGAUGCGAUGGGAAGGCGUUUCAGGUUGCCACGGUCCGCUGCUGUUCCACCCAGCCUUCCGGAUCCACUUUGUGGGUAGCAGUGCGGUGCCAUACCGAUGCCCAUGGCAAGUGCAGGAGGUGCUGCUGAUGUUCCAACAGAUGUGUGACUUUCCGCAAGGUUUCCAGUGUACCGCCGGCUGCGUGGAGGAGCGUCCCCUUGGAUCGUCUUCAGUUUUCGGCGACGUGGAUCUGCUGGUGUGCAUGGACGAAAAGACCAAGCGCUUGGUGGAGGUUGAGGAUAUGCCUGACGCUGGCCGCGUGUGUUGCUUAGCGGACUUUCUGGAUGCCAGUCCCAUUGAGGAGCAAUCCGAGAGGUUGCAUGGAUUGAUCAGCGAUGGAUCCCUUGAAAAGCAGCAGCUACUGGCAGCCAGGUCUCUUGUGGACCUCGACCUGGAGCUUUCGGAUGACAGCGACUUGUGCUCCACGGCACAAGGCGUUGCAGUGGCAGGUUUGACAAGUUUCUUAACAUCGCUGUUCCCAGAGCAUUUCAAGGCGAGACGAACGAAGCGCGGUCCGCCCUUUGCGUUUCGCUUCCUGGUUCCCUCGACCCAUCCAGCGCCGUGA